ACAGCUUGUUAGACAGUGUUUCUCUUUGCAUGAGCUCGGAAAAGAUGCUUAAACGUAAGUUCAUUGCCAUUCCAGUCCUUGUUCUCUUUCUAAUAACAUCAGAAGUUCUUCUCUCAGAUGCUUCUGAUGUUGCAAAGUGUUCUGAGUCUGAAUUAAAAGCUCUUCUCAACUUCAGGUCAGGCCUUGUCGAUCCUGAGGACCGACUCUCUUCAUGGAAAGGAAAUAACUGCUGUCAGUGGCAUGGUAUUGGCUGCCAUAAAUCCACAGGAGCUGUUUCCAAGAUUGAUUUGCAUAACCCAUAUCCUUUGGCUGGCAGGUAUGGUUUCUGGAACCUGAGUGGUGAGAUUAGACCUUCUUUGCUCAAUCUCAAGUACUUGACUUACUUUGACUUGAGCUACAAUACCUUUCUGGACAUCGAAAUCCCUGAGUUCAUUGGUUCGUUAAGAAAUUUGAGAUAUCUGAACCUUUCGACAGCCGGGUUUAGUGGUCGAGUUCCUCCAAAUAUGGGAAACCUCUCUCACUUGCAGUAUCUUGAUGUUUCAACCAACUUUGGUAGUUUAACAGUCAACAAUAUUCGGUGGUUGACCAAGCUCAGUGAUUUAAAACAUCUCAAAAUGAAUGAAGUUGACCUUUCGAUGGUAGAUUCAGACUGGUUGGGAGUGUUAAACAAUCUUACUUCACUAACAAUACUUCAUCUUUCAAAUUGUGGACUUCCCAGUUACAUAUCAGCUCUUUCGCCGGUUCAUCUUCCAUCUCUUUCAGAUUUAGACCUCUCAGUGAAUAGCUUUGAUUCCAAGUUUCCUGAAUGGAUCUUGAACUUGACAAGUCUUUCUUUCUUAGAUUUAAGUAGCUGUGGAUUGUAUGGAAGAGUGCCGCUUAGUCUAGGUGAACUAGCAAAUCUGUGGUAUGUGAACCUUGCCAUGAAUAACAAUCUCACAGCUAGCUGCACACAGUUGUUUAGUGGAAGCUGGCCAAAAAUUGAGGUUCUUGACUUGGGUAAGAACAAAUUACAUGGUAGACUUCCUGCUGCCAUUGGCAACAUGACAUCUCUCACUUAUUUGAGUCUGUCUGAUAACGACGUUGAGGGUGGAAUUCCUGCUUCUAUUGGUAAACUUUGCAACUUGAGGUUUUUGGAUGUUUCAGGGAACAACAUGACAGGAUAUUUACCUGAGUUUCUUCAAGGGGUUGAAAGUUGUGUAUCCAACAGCCCCAUGCCUUAUCUGCAGAUAAUGAGAUUGACCAACAACAAGUUAGUUGGAAGACUGCCUGAAUGGCUAGGUCAGUUGGAAAAUCUUGAAGAAAUGGGAUUAAAUUACAACCAUCUUGAUGGUCCAAUUCCUGCUUCUUUAGGGAGAUUGCAACGACUAACCGAUAUGGGACUUGCAGGGAACAAGUUAAAUGGGAGUCUUCCAGAGAGUUUUGGUCAGUUAUCGGAGUUGAUCAUCUUUGAUGUCUCUUUCAAUUCUCUAACUGGCAUCGUCUCUGAAGCCCAUUUCUCGAAUCUAAGUAAACUGACAUUCUUGCACCUUUCUUCCAAUUCCUUGGCUUUAAGUUUCAACCAUGGUUGGAUCCCCCCCUUCCAGAUCAGAUUUCUGGACCUGGGCUCAUGCCAAAUAGGUCCAUCCUUUCCGGAUUGGCUCAAAACUCAGAAGGAGAUCAACUUUCUUGAUCUUUCAAAUGCAAGCAUUUCUGAUUCUAUACCCAACUGGUUUUGGGACAUGUCCUUUAACCUAUCCUUGUUAAACAUUUCCCUCAAUCAGAUCCACGGGCAGCUACCCUCUUUAUUUGAUGUAGUUCCCUUUGCAGAUAUUGAUUUGAGUUUUAACCUGUUUGAAGGACCUAUCCCUCUUCCAAGUGUUGAAAUCGAAUUACUUAGUCUUGCCUUCAACAAGUUUUCUGGUGUUAUCCCAUACAACAUCGGGAAAAUCAUGCCAUAUCUAAUCUUCCUCUCGCUUGCAAGUAACCAUUUAUCGGGAGAAAUCCCAUCCUCUAUAGGAGAAAUGGUGUCACUUGAAGUCAUUGAUCUGUCAUCUAAUUCUUUCACGGGAUACAUUCCUCCAAGCUUUGCAGAUUUCUCAUACCUUAAAGCCUUGGACCUUGGAUACAACAAAUUGUCAGGGUUAAUUCCUGAAUCUUUCGGCAACUUACAACUGCUCCGGUCACUACAUCUGAACAACAAUAACUUUUCAGGAGAGCUCCCUUCAUCUCUUAAAAACUUGUCGAGCCUGGAGACAUUGGAUCUAGCAAACAACAGAUUUUCAGGAGACAUUCCACCAUGGUUAGGAAAUAAUCUUGCAAGUCUCAAAAUUCUAAGCUUGAGGUCAAACUCAUUUUCUGGACGAAUCCCCAGAAAUUUUCCGGAUUUAUCCAAUCUACAAGUCCUAGAUCUUGCGAUAAACAACUUGAGUGGCAUGAUUCCCACAAACUUGGGCAAUCUCACUGCGAUGUCUCGUGACCAUAUUGUCAAUCAGUAUCGGUUUUAUGGUUUUUACAGAGGAAUGUACUACGAAGAAAGGCUGGUUGUGAAUCUUGAAGGCACGUUUCUAGAGUACAACAAAACUCUUUCCCUAGUAGCUUACAUGGAUCUCUCACAAAACAGCCUUCAUGGCCUUUUCCCAACCGAAUUAACCAAGUUGAUUGGUCUGAGGUUCUUGAAUCUGUCAAGAAACCAGAUCAGCGGUUGCUUGCCAGACACCAUUGCUAAUUUAGGGCAAUUGGGUUCGCUUGACCUCUCAAACAAUAACUUUUCUUGUGUCAUUCCAUCAAGCCUAUCAUCAUUAACGUUCUUGGGUCGUCUGAACUUGUCCAAUAAUAACUUCUCGGGUCGGAUCCCUCUUGGAACUCAGAUUGGAACCUUUGGAGAAUCUUCUUUUGCUGGAAAUCCGAAUCUUUGUGGAGCUCCCCUUGCGGUUAACUGCAAAACUAACAGUUCAGACGGCACACGGGGCGUCCCAAAUGACAAGAAAGAUGAAGGUGACAACGAUAAUUGGCUGCCUUUGAGUGUUGGACUGGGAUUUGCUACUGGCAUUUUGGUUCCCUUGUUGAUGUUGUCAAUUAGAAGACCUUGGAGCGAGGCCUACUUUAGAUUUGUCGAAAAUGUGGCUCGUAGGAUUACCCCCGGGAGCUAA